AUUUUUUGGAGAAUGGCCUUCAAGGAUAAUAUUUGAAAUGCGGCUGUGCAGUAUGACGUAUGCACGUGAUCCGUGGUUACCUAGAAGGGCCGAGUAAAGUAAAGAUUGAAAGCUGAUGUACGACUACGAGCAGCACUAUGCGCCCACCGGCGACUUCUACGCGCUUCUCCCGCCACAACGCAAGGAUGCUCUCUCAAAGGCAACACGCGAUCUCAUGGCCUUAGAGCCUCCUCCUUCUCCUUCAAAGCAUUCACUCAACCAGCCUCCACCACCUCCCCCAAAACGAUUCAGACCCACCCCGCCGCCUCAGGGCCCAACAGCAUCAAAGUCGACCCUUCUCAGUCCCUCUCAGAAAAAGGCCAACCAUAUUCAGAGCGAGCAGAAGCGACGGGCGAACAUUCGCCGCGGAUACGAGGCACUCUGCCAAACCGUCCCUGCUCUGCGCGAGGCCAUCAGACAGGAGGAGGCAACAAUGUCAAACGAGUCGAGAAGUGAGGUGAAGCGUCGUCGACGAAGCCGACAGGGAGGAAGCGGCGGGGGAGGGGGCGACAGCGAGGUGAGUGCCGACGGACGAGCAGGUCCUCGGAGUGAGAAUGUCGUUUUGGGCAAAACCAUCGAGUAUAUUCAUGCCCUCGUCUCAGAACGCGAGGCCCUUCUUGCCCGCCUUCAUCAUGCGAAUUCCCGCCUCCCGACACCGUUACCGCCGCCUCCGAACGCCCUUUGGGAACGCAGAUGGAAUGGAGGCGAUUCCCGAGAUGAUGACGAGUCUGAUGAGUCCGAUUAAGGCUAUUUAUUCACUGUAACAUCAGUUGAUACCACCAUAUGCAAUCUAUGUCGAUCUCAUUCAACGACAAUUCUCAUUCAGCACUCUUUUACUCUACCUCGUUCUACUGAGAUCCGAGGAGUCCCGGUCCGGCCUCCGUUCUAAACUUUGAACAACUAUCUGCCC